UCAACGUGUAUCCAAAUAUUUCUUCUCUAACAUAAACAGAGACUUUAGAGAUUAGAAAUGAAGGAGAAAAAAGGGUGUUAAUUAAGUUAAUCCUCUAAUAUUCCUAGUUCAUUGGUCUUGACUCAUAUAUAUCAUUCAUGGCACAACCUUCAUUGUCUUCUUCCUUCACAUAUGAUUGGACUUAUGAUGUUUUCCUAAGUUUUAGAGGACUUGAUACCCGAAACAACUUCACUGGUAAUCUCUACAAUUCUCUCCAUCAAAGAGGCAUACACACUUUCAUUGAUGAAGAAGAAAUCAGAGAAGGAGAUGAAAUCACACCUACUAUUCUCCAAGCCAUUAAACACUCUAGGAUUUUCAUUGCUAUUUUCUCAGAUCACUAUGCAUCUUCAACGUUUUGUUUGAAUGAACUAGUCAUGAUUCUUGAGUGUUCCAAGUCACAAGGACGGUUGUUUUUGCCGGUUUUCUAUGAUGUGGAUCCAUUUCAAAUUCGAUACAUGACUGGAACUUAUGCUGAGGCUUUCACAAAACAUGAGGCUAGGUUCAAAGAUGAAAAGGAUAAGGUGCAGAAAUGGAGGGAUUCUUUACUUCUAGCUGCUAAUGUGUUGGGAUGGCAUUUCAAACCAGGGUUUGAAUCAGAGUAUAAGUUUAUCAGAAAGAUAGUAAAAGAGGUCUCAUUAAAAAUAAAUCGGAUUCCUUUGCAUGUUGCAAAGAAGCCAAUUGGGUUGAAGUCUCAAAUGUUAGAAGUAAUAUCUCUCCUUGGACUUGAGUCUAAUGAGAGAGUGAACAUGGUAGGCAUUUAUGGAAUAGGAGGAAUAGGAAAAUCAACUAUUGCUCGUGCUGUGUAUAACUCAAUUGCUGAUCAAUUCGAAGGUGUGUGUUUUCUUGGUGACAUAAGAGUGAAGGAUAUUCAUCAUGGUCUUGCACAACUUCAAGAAACACUACUUUCUGAAGUACUAGGUGAGAAGGAUAUUAAAGUAGGAGAUGUUUACAGAGGAAUUUCAAUAAUUAAAAGGAGGCUCCAAAGAAAGAAGGUUCUUUUGAUUCUUGAUAAUGUUGACAAAGAGAAACAGCUACAGGUACUUGUAGGAGGACAUGAUUGGUUUGGCUUUGGCAGCAAGAUCAUAAUCACUACAAGAGAUAAACAUUUGCUUGCCAUUCAAGGUACUAUGAAAGUAUAUGAGGUUAAACAGCUAAAAGGUGAAAAAGCUCUUGAAUUGUUUAGUUGGCAUGCGUUUAAAAAUAAAAAAGUUGAUCCAGAUUAUGUGGAUAUGGCAAAACAUGCAAUAUCUUAUUGUCAUGGUCUUCCUUUGGCUUUGGAGGUAAUUGGUUCUCACUUGUUUGGAAAAUGUUUAGCUGUAUGGAAAUCCUCAUUUGCUAAAUAUGAAAGAGUCAUUCGUAAAGAUAUCCAUGAAAUUCUUAAAGUUAGCUAUGAUGAUUUGGAAGAAGAUGUAAAGGGUAUUUUUCUAGAUAUAGCUUGUUUCUUCAAUUCUUAUGAAAUAAGUUAUGUUAGAGAAAUACUAUACUUACAUGGUUUUCAUGCGGAAGAUGGCAUACAAGAGCUAACUGACAAAUCUCUCAUGAAAAUUGAUGUUAAUGGCUGUGUGAGAAUGCAUGAUUUGAUUCAAGACAUGGGUAGAGAAAUUGUGAGGCAAGAAUCAACGUUGGAGCCUGGAAAACGCACUAGAUUAUGGUUUAGUGAUGACAUUGUGCAUGUUUUGGAAGAAAACAAGGGAAGUGAUACAAUUGAAGUGAUAAUCGCUGACUUCCGCAAAGACAUAAAAGUGAAAUGGUGUGGAAAAGCAUUCGGACAUAUGAAGAACUUGAGAAUUUUAAUAAUAAGAAAUGCACGAUUUUCCAGAGGUCCUCAAAUUCUUCCAAAUAGUUUGAGAGUGCUUGAUUGGAGUGGAUAUCAAUCAUCCUCUUUACCAUCUGAUUUUAAUCCCAAGAAUCUUGCCAUACUUAACAUGUCAGAAAGCUGCCUUAAAUGGUUCGAAUCACUCAAGGUGUUUGAGAUGUUGAGCUUUCUGGAUUUUGAAGGUUGUAAGUUCCUAACUGAAGUACCUAGCUUAUCUAGAUUACCAAAUUUAGGUGCAUUGUGUCUUGAUUACUGCACUAAUUUAAUUAGAAUCCAUGAUUCAGUUGGAUUCCUUGUUAGACUUGUGUUAUUAAGUGCUCAAGGUUGCACUCAACUAGAAAGUUUGGUUCCCUACAUAAAUUUGCCUUCUCUAGAAACUUUAGAUCUUAGAGGUUGUUCACGUCUUGAAUGCUUUCCAGAAGUACUAGGAGUGAUGGAGAAUAUAAAAGACGUUUAUUUGGACCAAACUUCUUUAGAACAAUUACCUUUUACAAUUGGAAACCUUGUUGGUCUCCAACGUUUGUUCUUGAGGGGUUGCCUUAGGAUGAUUCAGUUACCAAGCUAUAUAUUGCCCAAAAUUGAGAUAAUAACAACUUAUGGUUGUAGGGGUUUCCAAUCAUGUACAUAUGAAGAAAAAAUGAGUCCAAAAGUGUUUGUGAAUGCCAUGUGUGUUUAUAAUGAGUAUGGGAAGUCCUUUAUUAAUGUGUAUUCUCGGAAUAUAAGCUUCAAUGAUGUCAUAGAAAUAUGUAAUCCUCGGUGGAAUCACUUCUUUCAUGAUUUUAAGAAUCUUGAAUAUAACCUUUUUUGUUUAGGGCUUAUAGAGGGGAGAGUAAAUAUACAUGACUAUGGAAUAAAUGUAACGUCAAUGCGUUUUUGGUUCAGAAAUAAAUUCCCUAGGAUAGCUCUAUGGUGUUUUAUAGAACCUGGAAAACAUUUGGAUAGCGUGGUGUUGAAUUUCAAGUUGAAUGUACUCAUCAAUGGCAUUACACUACUCAUUUCUUCAUGUGAUUACAUAUUUUAUACACAAAGAAAGACAGAGCAAAUGCUUUGUUGUGAGAUACAGGGCAAAGUGGAGGAUGUUGUUUUAGAAAAUGAGUGGAACCAAGUGGAGAUUUUAUGUGAUAUGGAUCAUCUCAAGCCAUGUGAAUCUGAAAGGAUUCUAAAGUGGUCUCUCAUAUAUGUCUACUCAGAAAACAAAAAGGAGGAUUUCAGGUUAUUUGACAAUCCUGAUUCUCCUUUGUCAAAUAAAGAGAUAUUUCAAGAGAUGGAGAGAGUGGAAGAAAUGUUAUGGGUAUUUGGCUCCACUUUUGCUAGAAUGGAACAAGAAUUAUUUGCUGAUGAAGACAUGUUACAUGUGGAAGAUGACACUAUUGAAUAGUUCAAUUAUUACUUGAUUUGUGGUAGAUCUAUAUGGAAAUUCACAACAUUUUCUACAGUCAAAUGGGACACAAAAUUGGGAGGUUAUGAAUUCGUUUACUUUCUAAAAAUAGUUUCUUUGUUUCUUUGUUUCUUUUGAAGUGACUAAUUGUUGAUUUUUUUUGAAUUUCGCAUAGUCAAACAUGUGCAAGUAAUUGGACAUGUACAUUGAGACAUUGGUCCAUAACCCUCUUAAUUCAAUAAAAUAGCCUAUAAUAUUACCUUGCUUGAUA